AAGAGCCAUUUCCAUAGGGGGUAGUAUUUUGAGAACCACUGAGCUAGAGACAAUUUUUCCAGGUAGCAAUGGUAACUGCAGCUUUGGGCAAAGAGAUCCAACGAUUAGCCAAAAUGCAUAACGUCUUGAGUUCCCCGGGUUUGAAUAAAGGAUAUUGCAGUCAUUCUGGGGAAUGCCUAUGUGGCACGAAUUUUGUGUUGCUUUGGGUUUUUUUUCUCUCUCUCUCUUCUUCUGGACAAACUCAGCAGCCCCAUGGAAAAAAGAAACCAGACAAGAGUUGGAAACUUCCUCCUCCUGGGAUUCGUAGAGGACUCUGACUUGCAGCCGGUCCUGUUUGGGCUGUUCCUGUCCAUGUACCUGGUCACUGUGUUUGGGAACCUGCUCAUCAUCCUGGCCACAAUCUCAGACGCCCACCUGCACACCCCCAUGUACUUCUUCCUCUCCAACCUGUCCUUUGCCGACAUCUGUUUUGUCUCCACCACUGUCCCCAAGAUGCUGGUGAACAUGGAGACACGGAGCAAAGCCAUCUCGUACUCGGGCUGCGUCACCCAGAUGUACUUUUUCAUUGUGUUUGGAUGCCUGGACAAUUUACUCCUGACUGCGAUGGCCUAUGACCGCUUCGUGGCCAUCUGUCACCCCCUGCACUACACGGGCAUCAUGAGCCCCCGGCUCUGUGGGCUGCUGGCUCAGGGGUCCUGGGGCAUCAGCGUCGUGGGCUCCCUGCUCGAGACCUUGCCCGUUUUGAAGCUGUCCUUCUGCACAAACAUGGAAAUCCCACAUUUUUUUUGUGAUCUUCCCGAAGUCCUGAAGCUUGCCUGUUCUGACACCCUUGUUAAUAACAUAGUGGUGUAUUUUGUGACCAUCGUCCUGGCUGUUUGUCCUCUCUCUGGAAUCUUCUUCUCUUAUGCUCGGAUUUUCUCCUCUAUCCUAAGAAUUUCAUCGGCCAGGGGCAAGAACAAAGCCUUUUCCACCUGUGGGUCUCACCUCUCUGUGGUUUCCUUGUUCUAUGGCACGGGGCUUGGGGUCUACCUCAGCUCUGCAGCCACGCCAUCCUCUAGGACAAGUCUGAUGGCCUCGGUGAUGUACACCAUGGUCACCCCCAUGCUGAACCCCUUCAUCUACAGCCUGAAGAACAGGGACAUGAAGGGAUCCCUGGGGAGACUCGUUGGCUAGUCAACGGCUCUCAAUGAAUUACCCAAGGCCUCUCAUGAGUAGCAACGUGCACGAUACUAAGAACCAGAAAACCUGACCUCCUUCAGCUAAUAUUUUGACUACUUCUGUUUUUAUGUGUAUACAUUUUUUUGAUAUCUCUGCUUUUUUUUCUCCACCACUAUAUUAUAGGGAU